GCUCGCUCUGCAGCCUCUGCUCUUCCUCGUUGGCAAUAGCCCAAGGCCCCAAGACGGCAGCACAGCACGCACGAUGAAGCCAUCCUGUGCAGCACUUGUUUCAGGCCUUCUUCUUCUUCUAGCCACUUUUGCAGCUGGCGCAGGUGCCGCCUCUUCAUCUUCUCCUCCGUCGUCUUCCCUCGGCAAGCAUCCAGCAGAGCUGGUCCUUCUUGGUCGCAAAGGCCGAGAACUUGGCCAGCUGUCGUCAUCAUCAGCAUACCGUUAUUACCAGCACCAGAGCAAGCAGACGCAGCAACCUGAGGAAGCGGUGGCUAUGGAGGUGAAGCAGCCCGAGGAGGAGGAGGAGGAGAAGGCAAAGCUGCGGUGGACAGCGGGUCAGGGCGCGGACGCCGAGGCUGGGCUGAUCUACAGCGCGGACUACAGCGGCGUGGCCAUGCAUGCUGGCUCUCCGCCGACGACGAAGCCGAAGCACAGGCACCCCAGACCGUAGGACGUUUUUUUUUCUCCUUUCCUGGUUGUGUUCGUCAGUCUAUGCCAGCCUUGUCCUUGUGUUGUCGACUUGCUGUGUAGUUUGUACCGUUGGAUUGUACAAGCAGCGCUGCCGGCCGUCUCUGUAAAUAAGCUAGGCCUUGCUUCUGUUGCUCU